AUGCAUUGGCGCGCCGCCGGCCGGGCGGUGGCGCUGCGCCCCGCUGUGCUGUCUGGCAAAUAUUACUUAGUAGAUGCUGGUUUUGCAAAUGCGCCGGGCUUUUUAGCACCAUUCCGUGGUGUUCGGUAUCAUCUAAAAGAAUUUAGGCAAGGUUGUCACCCUAAGACAAAAGAAGAGUUGUUUAAUUUUCGUCAUUCCUCAUUGCGGAAUACUAUAGAACGCGCUUUUGGAGUAUUGAAGGCACGAUUUCCCAUAUUGAAGAUUACUUCAGGCUAUCCUUUAAAUACACAAGUCAAUAUAGUCACUGCAUGUUGUAUCCUACAUAAUCAUAUUAUCAAUGAAAAACGUGAUCAAGAGCUUGAUUUUGAAAAUAACAAUGAUAUUGGUGAUGGUGAAGAUGAAAGUGAGAUGCAUGAAGAUGAAGGUAAUGAGAGUAGUGAAGAGGAGAAUGAAUGCGACUUCCGAAAUGAAUCUGCGACUGCUAGGAGGGAAAAUCAAAGAUAG